AUGAUUUGUUGUAUAAUUUUUGUUUUUUUUGUUUGUUGUCAGUUGGAUCAGAUAAAGGAGCAGCAGAGACUUCUUCAGUCUGAACAUGAAGAGUGCAAUGAUUUAGUUGAUAAACAACAGCGAUCAAAUGAAGCUUUGGAGAGAGACUAUCAACAAUUUGAAAAAGACUACCGAUUGCAAUGUGAACGAAGAGACGCUUGCCUGGGUGACAAAGCAACAUUGGAUAUAAAUUUUCAGCAUGCAUCUGUUGAGUUUAAACUUCAACUUGAAACUCAUAGUCGAUGCUGCAGAGAAAAAGAAAGGGAGCUGAAGCAUGUCAAAAGAGCAGAAUUACAAUUGAAGAAUGCAAGGGAGACAUUGGAACAGACAAGGGCUGCAUAUGUUCGACUGAAGACAGAGGUAGAGGAAUUUACAAAGAAUGCAGAGAUUCGGUCUCAGAAACAACAUGAAGUUAAGGAUGAAGUAAGCAUGUUGAGGAGACAAGCUGCAUUACUGGAGAACUUGUCAUCAACUGAAAAGGCUGCAUUAGAUGAUGCUUUGCAUCAUGAACAUAUUCUUUCUGAAUUCUUGAAAGAUGUGAAAGAGGUUACGCGAAACAACAAUCGUGUAAUCACAUUGAAGACAAUUGAAAGAGAUCAGAAAGCUAGAGAAACUCACAGGGCAAAUUCUCGAUUAAGAGUUAUCUAUGAUGAUGUGAAGACAAAGGAGAAUGUGAUAGAAGAAAGCAGAAAAAGAAAUAGAGAGAUAGAAGGAAGACUUAAACAAUAUGCAGAAAUGUAUGAUGUCUUGAAAGCAGAGAGAAACAAGUGUGUCACUCACAUACAGACAACUACUCAGAAAGCAGGAGAAAUGCACGAGAAGAUUAAGAUAUUACAAAAUGAAAUUGAGAUUCUCCAAGCAAGUAUUGCUUCUAAGGAACGGCUGACUGCUAAGUCUCACUUAAAAGUCACUCAAAGUGUUAUGUUGAGAGACAGCAUUAAGAAUGAGCUGUGCAAACAGCAGAGAGUCCUAGAGGAAUAUCAUUCAAGAACAAAGAGACAAGUUAAGAAUAUAGAAAAUCUAAAUAGAAUAAUCAAUGCAGCUGAGGAGCAGAUGGUCCAGCUGAGGAAGCGGUAUGAGCAGUCUGUGCAAGAAAGAAAUGACAGGGGUGUCCAGUUGAUUGAACGAAAUGAGGAAGUUUGCAUUUUCUAUGAGAAGUUGAACCUUCAAGACACAAUGAUGCGCAGUGGAGAUAUUGAGAUGCAAGGAAAGAGCGAAGAAAUUAGGUUUAUGACUAUGGAAAUAUCUGAUCUAAAGCGAGAAAUUGAUGUCUUGCGUUCUGCUGUCCCUAACAAACGAGGCACUGAGGAUGGGCUUACAACUGUUCAGAUCCAAUUGGAACAAUGUAAGGAAAGAAUGGAAGAGCUGGAGGCACAGCUUCAAUCUCCUUCAGCUCAGAACACUCGCCUCUUGGAGGGAGUCGAUAUGUCACUUGAAGAUGCUGAAAGAAAGAUUGAGGAGCUUGAAGUUCGGUUGGCUGACAAAGAGGAGUUGCUGUUAGAAAAAGAGCUUGUCCUAGAAGAGGUUUCCCGACUUUGUGAGAGGGCAAGGAAAAAGGCAGAGAGUGGUAAACAAGACACUCUUACCUUAGCAAAGAAAGUGAAUGAUUUCCAGUCUCAAAUCAAGCUGACUACAAGGAAAAUGAUGGCUAUAGUGUCAGAGCUAUCAAUGAAUCAAGCCAAUGUGCUUAAACUCGAGCAGUCUGCAAAAGAAAAGGAAGCCAAUCUGGAAAUAUGUAAAUUAAGAAUGGAGUGUGGGGAGUGCCCCAGUGACGAGGUAGAAAGGGAAUGGAAGAAACAGGAAUCAACAAUGCAGACAAAGGAGACAGACAAGAAACAGCAAAGGGAAGCCGGCGAGGAUGCACAACAGUAUGAAUUAGCGAGUGGGGUAUUCACCACAGCUGAGCCAAGACCGAAUGCCUACAUUCCUGAAGGAGAUGGAGAAUUACCACUACCCAAACCAUACGGCGCACAUGCACCAUUCAAACCAUCAGAACCCGGAUCAUCAAUGAGACACAUUAAGAAGCCAGUACAGAAACCAAUAGAACUAUAA